AAGCUGGGCACAGAACGGUGUGCAUUUAUGGUUGUGACAAUUUACAUCUCGAGUCAGUAAAUUAAAGGAAUCGUUGGAUCGAGGAAAAGCACGCGAAAGCUCUUUAGACAUAAACACACACACGCUAGGCAUGUCUACUGCACUGAUAUCUGCCUUCUACGAUAUAAAUGACGUCAUUCAACAGGGUAAACAGAGACCGAAUUCGCUUGAUCUCCAUAACAGUUACAACUUGGCACAAAGGAGGAGUGAAUCUUUGAUCUCGCGACGGCAUUCGACAACUUCGGCCUCAACUCAGAAAACAUUCAACGGAAGUAGCUUUUUCAGUAACAUGCCAGGUUCACCGAAAACAAAUCAGGAGAAUUACAACAAAGCAUUCGCGUUUCCUCAAGGUAGGGAACGAUCAAUGAGCAUUGGCACGGUCGAAGAGUCGGAUGGCCAACACAGAAAGCAGCGUGUAUCAACCAAUUCGUCCCGGUACAAGACUGAACUCUGUAGACCAUACGAGGAAAACGGCACCUGUAAAUAUGGUGAUAAGUGCCAGUUUGCCCAUGGAAUACACGAAUUAAGGUCUUUAAAUCGCCAUCCAAAGUACAAAACUGAACUAUGUCGUACUUUUCAUACCAUCGGCUUUUGCCCGUAUGGACCAAGAUGUCAUUUCGUGCACAAAGCCGAGGAACUUGAAAAGCCAUCACCAGAUUCGAGGUCAGAUUCAGUGUCUACGAUUGGUAGUGCACCGCCGUCGCCUACCCCAAGCUUAGACAGCCCGAAUUCGCCUUUCGUGAACAUACCAACACCAAAUACACCAAGCAUUCAUGGAGAGGUAUUCGUUUUUGGCGAGGAAUCCUCCUCAAUUUCGCCGACAUCCUCUUCAGGAAGUAGUGGCAGUACCAGCCCCGUUGAGAUGCACUCACCCUUUGGAAUGAAUACCCAACAAGAAAAUGUACACAUUGUAUCGAAAGUAGCAGCCAUACUUCGUCAACCUGCUUCUUCCUUGACGGGAUCUGUUCCCUCUUCCCCGAGUUUAUCUAGCAGUGGCGAGCGGUCUCCCGGCAUUCCCGACUCAUUGCCCCCAGAUGCGGAAUUCGACGCAUUUGGUAGACGCCGCUUGCCCAUAUUCAAUAAAAUUGCCUAGGUAAUUCUUGCAAGGGGCAAAAAUGCUGUUGUCAAUUCUCUCAAUUAUUAUCAUUGCAGAGAAAAUUUGCUAGAAGCUUCAUAGAUUUACUAACAGGGUCCUGCAUAAAAUGAUCAAAUAAUACUGAAUUCAGUAGAGCCAAUGGUCGUAAUAAGCCAAAUUUAGUUUUAUAUAUUUGUGAGUGAUUUUGAAAAUUGCGCUGUUAAGCUGGCUUUCAAUUGACCAUAAAAGAUUGAACUAGUAUUUGACCCGCACAUGCCAAAUGUGUUUCGAUGUGUAACAUCGUCCCGGGGGUUUCCUGACUGCAACCAAUUGACAAACAGAUGCAAUGCAUACUACGACAUUUUUAUAUGACUCCAAAAUUUGCAGAGUAUUUUAAUAUAAUCGACGGAAAUAGCAUGCCUGUAUUUGGUGUAGAAGAGUUUAUUUUCCAUUUUCAGGCCAUAUUUAUCUUAAUAUUUAUUAUUGACAUUUUGUAAGUAUUUUUGUUAAUUUUCAAAUACGGACAAUCGAGAAAAAUAUUUUGCAAACUUGUAUGAUAAUUUGAAAAGUUGACGCUAUAGUAAGUUCGUUUAGAAAACAGAAUCUACCGAAUUUCGUUCGGUAUUCGUGUUUCACUUUGUAUUAUAAGUAUUUUCAAUCAAAUUUUGUAUAGGACUUAUUCUAUUAUCGCACGUAAUUUAUGAAGGUUAACGCAUCUUUUCAUGCGUUUAGUUUAGAUAUGGUACAUCAUUUAUUUACUCUAGAGUAUAAAGUGAAAAUUGUAAUUUAAGGUGAUUGGUUUAUAAGAGGUUCGAGGAGGCCUCAAAUUUUUA